CUUGGGUUUCACUAGACUUGUAAUACUGGUUUUGAGAAGCAUAAUCAACACUCUCCCCUCACAUUUGAUAUCACCACAAAAAUGAGGAGGUGGCGCUGGUUUAUAAAUUCCCUUUGUCUUCCUGGGUGCUUCCAUUCCAAUCAUACACAUCCCGGUUGCACAAUCUGUUGCUACUGUUAGUUCAAUAAACAAACAAUAAUAUCAAUCCAGCCCUAGCCAUGCAAUUAUACAGCAUCUUAUCUGGAUUUUAUCUCUUGAAUAGCUAUGUCAUCUCAGCACAUCCAACUUUAUAUCCAAAAGGCCUGGAAAAGAGAGAAAUUGAAGGUCCUACUGUAGGCACUCAAGUUCACUCCCUCCACAGGAGAAUGGAAGGAACUUCCCAAAGUAACUGGCAAGAAUUCAUGACUCAAGCAGAAUUUAUGAGUCAAGAGAUUCGUUUAGCAAAGGAACAACAUCAUACUUUAAAAUUAUCACAUCAACUCAUCAAAGAUCAAACAGCUGAUUGGGGAAGAAAAGUGGAAAAAAAGUAUGAAAAAAUCUGUCCAAAGGAUGAUAACCUCUCUAAACAAAAUCAGUAAGAUUCUGGAAAAUAAGGCCAAUGCAAAAUUGAUUGAAAAGACAGAUUUGUCCAAAAAAUAUGUAUCAGAUGUUAUAGUUAAUCAAUUAUACCAUAGCCCAAGAAGAAUGUUGAUACAAUGAGCCACAGAGAUGACAUUCACCUUUCUGGUCAGAUACAUAUAUACAUACCUAACAGUUCUAUUGAUACUAGUGUGCCAUAUCAGUUGCUGAAUUAAGAUCCUGUUUAUGCAAGUAACUUUCAUCACAUC